AUGUCUCACAACAAUAGUCCUAUGCAGAUGCUGCAGCAGAUUCCGCCGGUAACGCGGGCGUUAUUAUUUGGGAUUUUUGCUCUUUUGGUCGUGACCAAGAUUGGGAUCGUUCCAGCUUACUUGGUUCAGUUUUCGUGGUACCAUGUGUUUAUGAAGUUGCAAGUGUGGCGAAUGUUUACGAGCUGUCUGUUGUUGCCCGAUCAGCCAAUGCCUGCUUUGCUGGAAGUUUACAACAUUUAUGCUCAUUCGUCGGAACUGGAAUUGAUGCAUUUCGGACGUAGCCACACCUACGAUUACAUUUUCUAUUUGACGUUUGGCGUGCUUUCGAUUGUCAUGAGUGUUGUUUUACUGCGUAUCAACAAUCCCUUCGAUCUGUCCAAUGCGUUCGACGGGUUUUUGACGUACACGUGGAGCAUAGACAAUCGAAACGUCAAGGUUAUGUUCUACGGUCUGUUCCCGAUUUGGGCCAAAUAUUUCCCACUCAUACAACUUUUCAUCACGUUCCUAUUUGACGACCCGAUUCAGGGCCGUUCCAAGUUUUUUAUCACGCUUAUCGGCUAUAGCACCGGUUAUCUGUAUUCGUGUCUGGACACGCGGACUUUGGGCCCUCUGUACGGGUAUCUUACGCGGCAGCCAAAUGGAUACGGAUACCUGAAUUUUGGUCAAUUCAGAGCUCCCUGGUGGUUUGCAGGCGCUUGCGACCUUUUCUUCGGCAACGGGCUUCGGUCUGACCGUUACAAAGUGAACGUUCCCAUCCGGAACGCCUCGACAUACCAGGGCAAAGGCCAACGGCUUGGCAUGAAAAAACGAGCAGUGGGAAUCCAUGAUCAAACGACUGAAAUACAGAAUGAACAACGGCAUGACACAGGCUCGUCUGCUACUUGGGCAAGUGGCAAUUCUGCGUCGGGAUACUUCCCGGGCAAGGGCCAUCGAGUAGGCACCAGGGACUAA